GGCCGCGCCUGCGCGCUGGGCAGAGGGCCAUGGCCUGCCACCGGGGCCGGGCCGAGCGCUGCGAGUACCGGGUGUCGGAGCCGCGGCUGCACCCGCACGGCUUCACCGAGUACCGGGUGACGGCGCGGAUCAUUUCAAAGAAGACAGCAGAAGUCAAAGAGGUGACGGUGUUCAAGCGCUACAGCGACUUCAAAAAGCUGCACAGUGAGCUGUCCUACAUCCACAGGAAUCUGUUCCGGAAGCUGGAGGAGUUCCCUCCCUUUCCGAAGGCCCAGGUGUUCGGGCGCUUUGACGCCGCGGUCAUCGAAGAUCGUCGCCGAUGCGCCGAGGAGCUGCUGCAGUUCACGGUCGACAUCCCGGCCCUCUCUAACAGCCCGCAGCUGAGGGACUUCUUCAAGGUGCCCGACCGCAGUGUGUGUGUGUGGGGGGGGGGGGGCCUCGCUGUCUGAAGGUGCCAUGAGGUUCGGCCGCUCUCCCUCCAAGUGUCAAAGAGCCCGCAGCCCCCUAAAGUGGCCUUUCUGCCCGAUACCCUGUUGUUGGUCUUUGGAGAGCACAGCGUUCCCCUCAGAUCUGAUAAGUGCUGAUGCCUGUGUGGUGGAUUCCUGUUAAAGGGGACACAUUGCCCCAAUUAGCUGAUGUUUCAUGGGGGCAGUUAGAAGUGUGAAAAAAGACAAACCACUGUUUAAUUGAAGAAUUAUGUAUUUAAAUAAAAUACAGGAUAAAUUAAAACGCUAGCAGUAGACAGCCGUACUGUAAAACUGUACUGGUUCCUGAUAGUUAUGGAUCGAGGAACUCACCCAGUUUUGUGCAGAGAAUUGACUGCCUUCACACAGUGCUUUUGAUGACUAUGUCCUCCAAAUCUUUAUUCUCAUUGUAACAUUCAAGAUGAUUGCCGACACCUUCAAAUUUUCCGUAGGUCCUAACUUGGUGAAAUCUUUUUGUUUUCACUCUGGGGGCUGUUUCAGGGUUCUCCAAGCCUGAAUGCUUGAAACCACAGUCAGCAAAGCAGUUCUGAAUGGUCUGGCUGCUUAAUUCCCGCAAACUAACGGGGUGACAAAAAUCACAGUUUUUCCGGCAGUAGCACUCGCCACUGAUGCUAAUUAAAAACUGCUUGCUGUCAGCAUAGUGUCACAUCUGAUAGCCACACAAGUGCACGCGACUGACGCCAGUUCGUAACUGUUCGGCGACAGUCUCCUGCUCCGGCCAAGGCAACCCCAGCCAGUUUCUCGAUUAGUUUCUGUUCUUUACAAGUUCUGCCAAAUACGUGGCUACCCUGAUUAUCCGUAAUCCGCUGUGCGUCUUCUCCACCUCGUUGGGAACAGCGGUCUAGAUUCUCCUGGCUGUGCUGCAGUCUGAUGGACUAGCAGAUUAAUAGUUCGAGACAGACAAGGUGGGCUGUGUUCCGCAACUGAUACCACUGUAGAGUUGAACACCAUAUCGAUGUUGACGAUCAGGCACCCAGAUCUGCUAAACCCUUUUUCCACUGCCUGAUCUGUAGCUUUCUGUGCCCUGGCAUUUCAAAUGUUGGUCUGGAAAUGUCUGUUUACCCUCUGCCCUCUCUGGGAGUUCUUUCCAACACACCCCACACCCAGGGAGAAGUGUUUUCCUCCGAUCUUCUUGAACCGUGAUGUCCCUGCUGGGGCAGAUAAUUUCUCACAAUGCCUCUCAUGAUGUCAUACCCCACUAUUAAGUUCCCCCCUCAGCCUCCUCCAAGGUCCCACCCGCUGCCCCCCCAAUUCCCUUGAGAUUGUGAAUGGGUGACCACUGAUUGCCCACCCUCCGGGCAGAGGAGAAGGUGUUCCCUCUCCUUAUUACCUCUCUGUUUCCCACACUCGAGGGAGGUCCGCCAUCUUGCUGGGGACAGCCAGCGUUCGGUGAAGUUCCAGUGCCAUGGUCACUGAAUAGUGAGAGCGAUGCAGACCAUUCAGCCCAGCGGGUGCAUGCCAGCCAUGCCAGCCGAUGUCACUCUUGCCUUCCUUGUUACUCUGCAACAGCUACCAGCCCUCCCACCCAGUGCCCUCACGCACACACCAGUCACAGCGGCUGAUAAACCCACCCAGUGUCUCACCCGCACACCAGUCACAGCGGCUGAUAAACCCACCCAGUGUCUCACCCGCACACCAGUCACAGCGGCUGAUAAACCCACCCAGUGUCUCACCCGCACACCAGUCACAGCGGCUGAUAAACCCACCCAGUGUCUCACCCGCACACCAGUCACAGCGGCUGAUAAACCCACCCAGUGUCUCACCCGCACACCAGUCACAGCGGCUGAUAAACCCACCCAGUGUCUCACCCGCACACCAGUCACAGCGGCUGAUAAACCCACCCAGUGUCCUCACCCGCACACCAGUCACAGCGGCUGAUAAACCCACCCAGUGUCUCACCCGCACACCAGUCACAGCGGCUGAUAAACCCACCCACUGCCCUCACCCGCACACCAGUCACAGCGGCUGAUAAACCCACCCACUGCCCUCACCCGCACACCAGUCACAGCGGCUGAUAAACCCACCCACUGCCCUCACCCGCACACCAGUCACAGCGGCUGAUAAACCCACCCAGUGUCUCACCCGCACACCAGUCACAGCGGCUGAUAAACCCACCCAGUGUCUCACCCGCACACCAGUCACAGCGGCUGAUAAACCCACCCAGUGUCUCACCCGCACACCAGUCACAGCGGCUGAUAAACCCACCCAGUGCCCUCACCCGCACACCAGUCACAGCGGCUGAUAAUCCCACCCAGUGUCUCACCCGCACACCAGUCACAGCGGCUGAUAAACCCACCCAGUGUCUCACCCGCACACCAGUCACAGCGGCUGAUAAUCCCACCCAGUGUCCUCACCCGCACACCAGUCACAGCGGCUGAUAAACCCACCCAGUGUCUCACCCGCACACCAGUCACAGCGGCUGAUAAACCCACCCAGUGCCCUCACCCGCACACCAGUCACAGCGGCUGAUAAACCCACCCACUGCCCUCACCCGCACACCAGUCACAGCGGCUGAUAAACCCACCCAGUGUCUCACCCGCACACCAGUCACAGCGGCUGAUAAUCCCACCCUGUGCCCUCACCCGCACACCAGUCACAGCGGCUGAUAAACCCACCCAGUGUCUCACCCGCACACCAGUCACAGCGGCUGAUAAACCCACCCACUGCCCUCACCCGCACACCAGUCACAGCGGCUGAUAAACCCACCCAGUGUCUCACCCGCACACCAGUCACAGCGGCUGAUAAACCCACCCAGUGCCCUCACCCGCACACCAGUCACAGCGGCUGAUAAACCCACCCAGUGUCUCACCCGCACACCAGUCACAGCGGCUGAUAAACCCACCCAGUGUCUCACCCGCACACCAGUCACAGCGGCUGAUAAACCCACCCAGUGCCCUCACCCGCACACCAGUCACAGCGGCUGAUAAUCCCACCCAGUGUCUCACCCGCACACCAGUCACAGCGGCUGAUAAACCCACCCAGUGUCUCACCCGCACACCAGUCACAGCGGCUGAUAAACCCACCCAGUGCCCUCACCCGCACACCAGUCACAGCGGCUGAUAAACCCACCCACUGCCCUCACCCGCACACCAGUCACAGCGGCUGAUAAUCCCACCCAGUGUCUCACCCGCACACCAGUCACAGCGGCUGAUAAACCCACCCAGUGUCUCACCCGCACACCAGUCACAGCGGCUGAUAAUCCCACCCUGUGCCCUCACCCGCACACCAGUCACAGCGGCUGAUAAACCCACCCAGUGUCUCACCCGCACACCAGUCACAGCGGCUGAUAAACCCACCCUGUGUCUCACCCGCACACCAGUCACAGCGGCUGAUAAACCCACCCACUGCCCUCACCCGCACACCAGUCACAGCGGCUGAUAAACCCACCCAGUGUCUCACCCGCACACCAGUCACAGCGGCUGAUAAACCCACCCAGUGUCUCACCCGCACACCAGUCACAGCGGCUGAUAAACCCACCCACUGCCCUCACCCGCACACCAGUCACAGCGGCUGAUAAACCCACCCAGUGUCUCACCCGCACACCAGUCACAGCGGCUGAUAAACCCACCCAGUGUCUCACCCGCACACCAGUCACAGCGGCUGAUAAACCCACCCAGUGCCCUCACCCGCACACCAGUCACAGCGGCUGAUAAACCCACCCAGUGUCUCACCCGCACACCAGUCACAGCGGCUGAUAAACCCACCCAGUGUCUCACCCGCACACCAGUCACAGCGGCUGAUAAACCCACCCAGUGCCCUCACCCGCACACCAGUCACAGCGGCUGAUAAACCCACCCAGUGCCCUCACCCGCACACCAGUCACAGCGGCUGAUAAACCCACCCAGUGUCUCACCCGCACACCAGUCACAGCGGCUGAUAAACCCACCCAGUGUCUCACCCGCACACCAGUCACAGCGGCUGAUAAACCCACCCAGUGUCUCACCCGCACACCAGUCACAGCGGCUGAUAAACCCACCCAGUGUCUCACCCGCACACCAGUCACAGCGGCUGAUAAACCCACCCAGUGUCUCACCCGCACACCAGUCACAGCGGCUGAUAAACCCACCCAGUGCCCUCACCCGCACACCAGUCACAGCGGCUGAUAAACCCACCCAGUGUCUCACCCGCACACCAGUCACAGCGGCUGAUAAACCCACCCAGUGUCUCACCCGCACACCAGUCACAGCGGCUGAUAAACCCACCCACUGCCCUCACCCGCACACCAGUCACAGCGGCUGAUAAACCCACCCAGUGUCUCACCCGCACACCAGUCACAGCGGCUGAUAA